AAGAUUAGAAGCUCUUUAUUUUAUAUAAUAAUUACUAUUAUCCACAAAAGGAUCAGUGACCUACAUUCACAAUUAAAUAUGACUUUAACUGUGUUAAUAAAAGUGUUACUGACUGUAGCCUAAUCCACAAGCUCGUUACACAGGAAACAAAUGGACACAUAAACAUAAACUUUUCCAGAGGACGUUCAGUUUUACAAAAAGGCCACCAGAUGGACCUCUAAACUCUGGGUGUCCAGUGAUGCUCAUUUCACUGCCUUAUGUAAAAUUAAUACAAGCGAGACUGCAUGCAAACAAGAGUGGGCAUGUGUUCAAAAGGUCCAUUGCUGAAUUAGUAUUUGGCCACCGGCUAUACUUGACCGACACCGGUUGCGUAACUUUCUCCGUUGGACUGUACUCAGAGUUUAAAGUAGCCUGCUCGCACUGCCCCUUUAACUUCUGAGCCGAUUUCCAGAAAGCAACAACCUGUAACAGGCUCAGAGAUCCUCCCCUCCUCUGAUGGAUUAUUUAGCAGGCGCUGAGUCCCAUGUCGCCAUCUGCUAUAGGAAGAAAAACACUGCGGAAUAUUCUCUGAGGCACAUGUUACACGUUAGCAAACGGCGUAAACCGACAAACUAAAUAAAAGGUGUUUAGCUGGGACUCAACGACAGGUAACAGGUGGCAACAGGUGUCCAGCAUCCUGCGGGCGUCAGAGAGAAAAGAAGCAGAGAGCUGAGCGACAUCGUCGGGCAAAACAUGUGAAGGAGGUUGGUUCAUUGUCGAGAUACAAAACAAUGGACUGUUUUAGUUCAGCGUGUACAACUCGUGUGUUAAAAUGCGUAUUUAAGCGAAGCGGAUGUUGUUGUUGAACGCUUGGCUCUGGGAGCAUAUGCAGCGAUAACUGAACUGUUCCAAUAAACUAACCGGGUGACUGAGAUCUGAAGCUUGGUAGGUACAAUGCUGACCCCAUCCGCACGGUGAACUGACCGGACUCACUUCAAGGCAACCACAGGAAGGAGUCGUCCGAUCUGCAGCAGUCAUGGUGGUGGAGGGCGACAGGACGCUGCUCGCCGCAAGGCAGGGGGACGUGCAGGCUCUCAAAGUGCAAUUAGCGGCGGAAACACUCACCAGCGACGUCAAGGAUGUGCUGGGGGCCACGCCGGUCCACCACGCAGCCCGGGCCGGGAAACUUGCCUGCCUGCGUUUCCUGGUGGAAGAGGCAGGACUCCCGGGCAACUGCGUGGCCAACAACGGAGCAAGCCCAGCGCACGACGCAGCAGCCACGGGCCACCUGGCCUGCUUACAAUGGCUGCUGACCCAGGGUGGAUGUCGGCCAGAGCAGAGGGACAGUUCUGGUGCCACCGUUCUCCACCUUGCAUCCCGCUUCAGUCACCAUGAGGUCACGGAGUGGCUGCUGAAGGGUGGCGAGGUGGACCCCGGAGCCUCCACUGAUACAGGCGCCCUCCCUGUUCACUACGCUGCUGCCAAGGGAGACCUGCCCUCUCUCCGACUGUUACUGGGGCACAGUCCAAAUCUUGUCAACUCCCAAACUAAAAAUGGUGCCACGCCGCUCUACCUGGCCUGCCAGGAGGGUCACCUGGAGGUCGUCCAAUACCUGGUCAAGGAUUGUGGGGCGGAUUCCAGCAUAAGAGCCAAUGACGGGAUGACACCCCUGCAUGCUGCUGCCCAGAUGGGCCACAACACGGUCAUCGUCUGGCUGACGAGUUUCACAGAGAUUGGCCUGACAGACAGGGAUGGUGACGGGGCCACAGCCAUGCACUUUGCAGCCAGUCGAGGCCACGCAAAAGUGCUCAGCUGGCUGCUGCUGCACGGCGGAGAGAUCGUCACCGACAGCUGGGGAGGGACGCCGCUACAUGACGCUGCAGAGAACGGUGAACUGGAGUGCUGUCAGAUCCUUGUGGUCAAUGGGGUGGACCUAGGCAUCAGGGACCAGGAUGGCUUCACGGCAGCAGACUUGGCCGAAUACAAUGGCCACUCCCAGUGUGCCAAGUAUCUGCGCACUGUGGAAAACAUGAGUGUGGAGCACCGCGUUUUGUCUCGGGACCCCUCAACAGACCUCGAGUACAAGCAGCCGGACUCAGGCCUCUCAUCCCCAAACACCACCAUGCCCCCCACCGGUCAGACGGCACACUUUGACAUCAGUUCACCAUCCAGCUCCAUGUCCAACUACGACUCAGCCAACUCCAGCCAGUCCAGCACCGGGGAGAAAAGGAGCAGCUUAACAACAUCACGAGGCCCUUCAGCUCAGCUGAACACGGUCGCACACACAGGUGCAUCAGAGUCGGCCAUUUCAGACAUGCAGGCCUAUAUGGACAUGCUCAAUCCAGAGACUGGCUCCAGCAUACCCAAGAACAAUGAGAUAACUGCUGAUGCCGCCUCCAAGCCCCCGCCACCACCAACCUAUCCAGCCCCUCCUCCCCCACAGUUUCCCCCGGCCCCCCCUCCACCCCCAAGCUAUCCAGCCCCAGAGCCCCCGAAGGAGCCAUCGUCAGCCGAGUUCCUGAAGGUGAAAAGCAACUUGCGGCAUGUGGAGUGCAACAGUGGCAAGAAGAAGCAGCUGACUCCUGGAGAAAGCCACGACAAAUUGCGACGUGUGGAUUCAAACAGGAAGUCGAGGAGCUUCAGCAAGCAGCCCAGCACUGGGGACUACUACAAGACCCUGGGCAGCGAUACAGCCGAGCCCCGAGGGAGCAAAGGCAUGGCGCCCAAUGAGGAGGGCUCCAUGUUAUUGGAGGAGCCCACCGACAACCCCGCCCACAGCUCUGAGAAUGGUACCACGGAGGAAUCGGUCGCGCCGCCACCUCCACCGCCUCCACCCCCUCUUCCCCCAAGCAACCCAACGCCAACACCUCCUCCGCCUCCUCCACUGCCCCCGGACACGCCGACCAUCCAGAAUCACUCGGCCAGUAGCACCUCCUCCAACCAGCGACGCCCUUCUUCUUCAUCAGGAAGCACAAAAUCUUUCAACAUGAUGUCCCCCACUGGUGACAACUCUGAGCUGCUGGCAGAGAUCAAAGCAGGGAAGAGCCUCAAGCCCACACCUCACAGUAAAGGCUACACUACUGUCUUUUCCAGCAGUGGACCCACAGGCAACAACGGGAACAUUUCAUCUCCACCAGAGACCCGCACAUCUAGCCCACCACCCAAGCAGUCUUCCCCACCACCAUCUAAUACGUCUGUCAUAUCCCCACCUGCCACCCCUAGUCCUAGCCCCAGUUCAACUGGCUCUGGAUCUGGCAGGACUAUGUCAACAUCUGCUAGCUACGAGCAACUGCCUUCCAACUCUGUGAUCAACGGGAACAGUGGUGGCGGCACAACAGGAGCAGAGUCAGGGCGGAAGACGAGCCUUGCUGAUGUGGAGGCACUAGUGCCUACUCAUGACGAACAGGGGAAAGCGAUCCCUGAAUGGAAGAGGCAGGUGAUGGUGCGAAAGCUUCAGGUCAAGAUGCAAGAGGAGGAGGAGCACAAGCGCAAGUUUGCCGCAAGCGGACAUUACCAGCCUCAGGAAUGGCACUACUCCCAUGUCCACAAUGCCAUUCUGGGACCAUUUGGGGAACUGAUGACAGAGGACGACCUAAACCGUAUUGAGAAGCAAAUUGAGAACCUGCAGGUCAUGCACAAGGUCUCAGAAGUUGAGAGGGAGCUGGAAGAACUGGAGCGGGAGCUUCACCAGCUCUUACCAGUUUCUACUGCUCUCAACCAAGGGCACUUUUCAGUCAACCCAAAACAGGUGCAUGGCCAAGCUGAAGACCUUCCAGCCUGGUGCAGCAAGAUUUCUACCCUUCUCAAGAGUAUGGCCAUUCUACUUGCCACGUUGGGGGGUAAGGAGAUAGACAUUUUGGAUCUCAUAUGUUCCGGAUAUCCUCAAGAAGAAGGAAAGAAUAUGAGCAUAGGUCAGUCUGAACCAGCGGGAUCAUUUGGCACAGGAUUUAUUGGGCGGUCUCAGUCCUUCUCAACAAGAGAGGAUGUGGAGAAGGAGAUACAGCAGUGCGGAGUUUCAGUGAAGAACCUCAAGGCCAACUAUGAAAUUCAGAAUCAGUCACAGUCUGGAGAUAACAAAGCAAAUAGGGUGUACAAACGGAAGAGGUCACUCCCUGUGGUAAGUGAAUGUAGUUAUUGUCCAGACACAGUUCGUGAGGAUGAUGUCCCUUGUUCAUCUGCUGGAGUCAGUCAGUCUCAUACCAAUGGAAAUUCUCCUUCAGUGGAGGAAUCAGUCUUACCUUUUGUUGAAGAGCCAGUUGUCGUCGCAUCUCAUGCACCUCAGACAUAUGCACCCUCUGAGGUAAUAGCUCCACCUAAUAUUGAACAGUUCAACCAGGUUCUUUCUGCAGACCCCAUUUUAAAUAAUGAUCAACUAACAAGAAGCUUGGAGGUACAGACAGAUCUAAGUUAUGUCCAGGAAUGCAUUGAGAUGAGAAAAGAGAGAAUUGUUUUCCUGUUCCUGGAACACUGGAGGAAGUACACUAUCUCUGAAUCUUAUCGGACUAAAUAUACUGUCAGAAGAGAAAAUCAUUUAGACGUAGGCUGGGAGGACUACAACCAAUUUAGUGCACAAAUAGGUGGAGAGAUGCAGAGUGAAGAUGACAAACUCCUCCUUUUCAUGAAGUCAAAGCAGGUAGUGGGAAAUCUUAUUGGCCACUGGAGGACCAUCAUGAGUCAAGUGCCCACACGGCAAAUCCGCAGGCUGAGUCGUGCCCAGAUGAUCUACUGGCCAGAGCACUUCUUGCCACAUAUUAACGGGUCUCCUGUGAGCUAUGAAAGCCUAACCCUUGACCUCUUCAUGCUUGGCUACUUCCAGUUGUUGGAAAUGAACAUGUCUCGCAGUGAGCGCAAAUUCCGCCAUCUCUUGUGCUAUGAGAUGUUUGACCGUCUUGGUAGCCAGAAAUGGGAGAUCAUAAGGCAGUUUCACAAGGAGGUCAUGGAGGAAAUUGAGAAAGGGAAACGAGACUGGGCAGAUGGUUUUGAGGACAUAAAAAUCAAGUAUUUUGGAGACUCUAAUGAUGGUGGUGGUAUGAUGACAGCCUCUCUACGUUCCAUGUCUCCUGACAUGUCCUUUAUGACAACGCAGGAGUCACUCCCUCCCCCACCCUCUCAUCCUCCACCUCCUCCACCACCUACCUGUUCUGCACCCCUACCUCUAAAUCCAGAGUCUGAUUCCCCACCAGCAUUACAAUUAGCUAUUUCUUCAUCAUCACCACCACCUGCUGCAUCAAUCUGCAUAUCUGACAAUGGCCAGGAUGUAGAGCAGAAAACCCAGAUGACUUCACUGGAGGACAUGGCACAGGGAGAUGUAAAAGCCAGUGAGGCAGUGGUUUCUAAUGGGAACAGUUCAGAGCAGGACCACAUGCAGAGGGUGACAACCAAAACUGUACAACAUACUGAUGUAACAGCAAAAGCUGAGACACUGCAAGACAAAACAGAAAGCUCAGGACCAGUUACAGUGAAAAAUGUUCCACCUGUUACUGUUAAAGUCACGGAGGAACCUCGUAUUGAUAAACCUCCACCCAGAGGUGAACAUGAUGAAAACUCAAUUAAAGUCAUCUAUGAGCUAAAAGAGUUCAGCAAUGAGGAGAUCAUCAGAUACAUUGAUAGAAGCUUUGCUUUUUGGAAAGAAAAGGAAGCUGAACUUUUCGAUAUCUAACAACUAUGUGAACAGAGUCCACUUGUUCAACUUAAGAAGGAAUGCAUAGAGAGGAGGGUCAGGGAAACUGACCUUCAAACUGGAAAGAAAACUAAUCUGGUGUGUUAGCUCAACUGCAGCACAGCAAAGAGCAUUCACUUAGCUGUAUUAACUCACCUUCAUGUGCUGAAGUGGAUAACAAGACAGAUUUGCUACAACCAUUCAGUUUUGAAUUGUGCUGAACCAAGAGCUCUUUGAAUCUAAUAUGAUUGACUGCCAUGGUACACCACUGCUAGCAUAACAAGUUUAUAAAGGGAAAAGAUUUGCCAUAAAAGUCAUGAAGUGUGUUUGCUUAGAUCAUCACUGUAAUGAAGAGAAUAACUGGUAAAACUCUACACACCUGUAUUUAACAUCUUAGAAGUUUGUGUUGUGGUUUACGAAUGGCUGUCGUCUUUAAGUCUGUGACCUCGUGAUUUUGUUCAUGCAGUGCGUGCCUUUCAGUAGGCUGUAGAUUGCACAUAUUGAUGGUAUGGUAAAUGCAAGGCCUGCAGAAACAGCUCAGAGUUUGUUACUGCCUCAUUAAUGAUUCAGAACUCGAAAUUUGCAAACAUUUUUUAACAGCAAAUUAAAACAUUCACUUGACAAAAUGAUUAUCAUCUAAACAAAACAUCACAUUAACUGUUUGUAAUUCUUCUAUUAAAUCUGUCUCCUCUUUUUGUUACUUAAUUUAUAAUGUGUGUUUUUGAAAAAUUUGCUUAAACUUACCGCAGUUUUUUUUUUGUUCCUUUAUUAUUUG